AUGGAUGAAUUCGAGGAGUACAAGAACCCGCUUACAAAACGGUAUGGAAGUCGUGAAAUGGUACGUAACUUCGGAGAAAGACGAAAAGUAGUACUUUGGCGUCAACUAUGGAUAUGGCUAGCCGAAGCACAGAAAGAACUAGGAUUUGAUAUCACAGACGAACAGAUUGAUGAGAUGAAAAAUCAGAGAGAUUUUAUUGACUUUAAAACUGCUGCAGCUGAGGAGAAGGCCAGACGUCACGAUGUGAUGGCACAUGUAUACACGUUUGCAAUGGCAUGUCCAAAAGCCUCAUCAAUCAUUCAUCUCGGUGCAACGUCAUGCUUUGUGGGUGACAAUGCCGAUCUAAUUAUGCUUAGAGACGCUUUGGAUAUACUUUUACCCAAAAUCGCAAGAUGCGUUGACCGGUUAGCUAAAAAGGCUCUGUUGCACAAAGACUUGGUUUGCCUCGCUCUUACUCAUCUACAGCCCGCCCAACCCACUACUAUGGGACGCAGAAUAUGUAUGUGGAUUCAGGAUUUGUUAAUUGAUCUGGAGAAUUUGGAGCGAUUAAAAAAUCACACGCUACGUUUUCGAGGUACCAAAGGUGCCGUUGGAACUCAAGCUUCAUUUUUGGAUUUAUUUAAAGGAGAUCAUGAGAAGGUCAUCAAACUGGACGAUCUGUUGACAAAGAAGGCUGGGUUCCUGCGUUCUUGGUGUGUGACAGGUCAAACGUAUCCCAGAAAAGUAGAUAGUGAGAUUGUAAGCACAUUGGCUAGUUUGGGUGCGACCGUCCAUAAAAUAUGUACAGAUAUACGACUUCUGAGUAGUUUUAAAGAGAUUGAAGAACCGUUUGAAACAAGUCAGAUAGGCUCUAGUGCAAUGCCAUAUAAACGUAAUCCUAUUCGUUCGGAGAGAGCAUGCUCUAUAGCACGUUAUCUAAUGCACAUGUCUGCUUCAUCUGUUUCUACAGCCUCUGUACAGUGGCUUGAACGGUCUCUUGAUGAUUCAGCUAUUCGCAGAAUUGUCCUUCCGGAAGCAUUUCUAGCAGCAGAUGCCUGUCUCAUUUUGUUACAAAAUAUAACUGAAGGAUUAAUCGUGUAUCCAAAGAUAAUGGAAGCUAAUCUAACAGCUGAACUUCCUUUCCUUGUUGUUGAGCGUAUUUUAGUCAAAAUGGUGUCUGAGGCAGCAGCCAAUCGUCAAGAAUGUCAUGAACACCUUCGGAAGCAUUGUCACGAGGCUGCCGUAGAAAUUAAGCUAAAGGGUAUCAAAAAUAGUCUUGUAGAAAAAUUACUCAGUGAUGAUUAUUUCGCUCCUAUUCAUUCACUGCUUCCUACAAUACUGGAUCCAAAAAAUAUGAUAGGUCGCGCCCCUGAACAGGUUGAACUGUUCCUAGAAAAAGAAGUCCGUCCGGCAAUACAACCAUAUGAAAACUGUUUGGAGGUCCCAAGUCAUAUAAUAAUAUGA